CAGAUACUUCCAAUAUCGAAGCUGUUGGGAGGAAAAUGUGAGAGGACUAGAUUAGUGGCACAGCUUUUUACAAAGUCCAAAAAGUAUUUCUAUGAUACAAUUUGCAUCGGUGCAGCCUUACGUGCAGCAAGUGGGGUUUGGUCAACAAGUUUUGAACCAACUGAUGGUUCUGCAAGGUUAGUUUGGAGGUCUCAUAUCCUUUUCGUCUUAGUUAGACCAGGCUGGCCCCCAGUUGCUACAAGGUGGUAUACAACAACUGCAACACUUUGGCCCGAAUGUUGGUGUAUCAUCUCCAAUAUGGCAAUAAUCGUAUUCUUUUCACUCAUCUGGUCUAAAAAGGAUGAUAAAAAUAAGGAGCCCAAGGGAAAAGAUAUUGUUUGUUACUUGUGCGAAGGAAAAGGUCAUUUCGCUAGUGAUAUUGAAAUGGUUAAAGGAAGGGGUCCUCCUGUUUACAAGGAAUUUAGUAUGUUUGGCGACCAGCUCAGACCCAAGGCCCUAUCAUUUUAUAGGGAGGAGGAGUGUUGGUUAAAAAAGGAGUUAGAAAG